AUGUCUGUAAAAGUGUUACAAUCGAAUUAUUACGAAGAUGACGAAGAAGAUGAACUGGAGGAAGAUCAAAAUAUAUGUUGGAGCAAUUUAUUGUUUUUGCCUUUCAAUCCAACUUUCAAAGCGAUUGUUUUGGUUGUGGUUAUUAUCAAAACUGUUUUGGGCCCGAUACAAGCAGUAUAUCCAAUAGUAUAUUGUUGGGAUACAUUGGACUUUGAUACCAAUUUAAUUCUCUUAAAAAGUGCUUAUUUAUAUUUAUGUGAUCCUAUCUACAGCGUUGAUACUCUGUUACAUAUUCUACACAGACAAAUAACUGAUGAGGUACUAAAAAGAGAAUACUUACCGAAGUCAGGCUUUUUGAUAUUAUUGGAUAUAAUAUCUUUAAUACCGUUCUUUAGUCUUCUACGGGAAGUCCCAUGUGCACAGAUAGAAUUCUCACCGAACAUUUACGCUUUUACGGAAAUUGUUAUUAUUUACAGAAUAGCAGACUAUUUUUCUAUACUAAGUUCGCAUAAGCCGUGGCAAAUUAUUGUUGGAUACACAAUAGUAUUGAUUGUUGCGAUCAACUGUCUUACGUGUUUCUUUUUACUUUUAACUACUCUUGGUUUCUGCGAAAAAUGCAAUGACGGCAUCUAUGACUGGCGAAAAUUCAUUUAUCAUAAGGUUAACGAAACAGAUCCAUCGUAUUCUACAUACGUAUAUGCUUCCUCAUAUAUUUUAGCGUUUUUCUUAAACGAUCAAUUUCAUGAAACCAAACCAUCGACUAUAAACGAAUACAUUUUUAUGAAUAUACUGAUGACUAUUGGAUAUAUUUUCCUUACGUUUGUAAUUAUUCCUAAGAUGGUUGCUGAGUCGAUGCUCAAGUUCCGACGUGUAGGUUCAUUUUAUCCGAAAGUACAAAAAAUUAUUGAAGAAACGCGAAGGAGGAAUAUUUCACCAAAAGCUCAUAUUGAUGUUAAACAGUUUUAUUGCCUUAUGUGGAAGAAAAGAAGUGGAAUUACAAGCACGCCAGAAGUUAUUUCGGAAAUACCUCGAUAUCUCAGAUUGGAAAUUCGUCAAGACUUAGUUUGGCCAGUGUUUUAUCACAGUCCUACGUUUCGAAAAACGUCUUCUUCCUAUAAGCGUUGGUUGUGUGAAACAAUUCGCAUGGAUUUUAAGUUACCGGGUGAAAAAUUUUUCGCUGGCCCUAAUUGUAAUACACAUCUAUACUACCUUAAAUCUGGCAAAUUACAAUUGAUUUCCAAUGAUGAUGGUGUUACGCCUUUGAUAACAUUAACAAGUGGGACUCUAAUAGGGGAUAUAAGUUUUUACGUUCCACCACAGAAAAGAAAAGUAAUUGCUCAGUGCAUCACUUACUGUGAAGUUCUGUAUAUAACACGGGUUGAUAUUUUAAACUCUCUGCAUAAACAUCCUGUAGAUCGUAAAGUAAUUUUAAGUCAGGCCGUGGAAAGGAUAAGGCAUGCUAAAACUUUAUAUACUUGUAAACAACAUGUAAGAGGUUUAGAUAGAUCAGAAGAUGAGGGACUUGCAUGGGUAAAAAAGAGGUGGUGGGAAAUCUCAGACAUCGUUCGGAAUUGUAAAAGAUUUUACACUCGAAGGGAUGUUUUCAGAUGCCAGAUGCCAGUCGAAGAUAAUGUUUAUCACUGUUCUAAAUAUAUUGGUCAACUCGUACUUUCUAGUGAGAAACAGCUGUUAACAAAGUCUUCUUUUAUUUAUACAAAAUUUCCUUGGAUAUUUGUUCCGAAUUCGUGUUUCACUCUAGCAUGGCAUAGAAUAGUUGUAAUCACAGUGCUUAUGGUUUUAAUAUUAUAUCCACCAUAUCUUUCAACUUCCAAAGUACCUGUAUGGUUUGGGUUGUUUCAAUUUUGGACAGAUCUUAUUUAUUUUUGCGAUAUUUGCGUAACAGUUCUUACGGCGAUGGAAGACCAGGAGAACAUAGGCGACAAUUAUACGAUUGUAAUAUUUGCACGUUGUAAGACUGUGAAAUUUAUAUUAGAUGUCUUAUCUUCAGUUUGGAUAGAAACAUUUGCAGUUACAAGUGGAUUCCCGCAACUGUACUAUCCUCUUCAAUUCAAUAGAUUAAUUAAAAUCUACGUAUUGUUUACCAAGUGGGAUUUACACAACGAUCCAUUUCUUCACGUAAAUUUAAAAAUUGGUCUUAUUUUCGUCUCCUUUAUUUAUAUAUCUGGUUAUGUUUUGUUCAUGAUUGAUCGUGCAUAUCCAUUACUGAGCACACCUUAUUUUUUUGGUGAACUUUUUUGUGAAUUAUCCGUUACAGAUAAUCAAUGUAACUUUGAAAAUAUUCGUCCUUUCAAUAUAGUUUUGGCGUGGUUGUUGGAAUUUAUAUUUUAUGAAUACUUACCUCAAAGUUUAAUGGACAUUUAUAUUAUAACAGUUGUUACUUAUUUAGCUUUCUUAAUUUAUAUCAAUGGAAAGACUGAUAUAGUGGCCAUGCUUUAUUUGAAAUACAGAGAAAUAGUUAAUUAUCAGUACUUUGUGGAUAAUAUCAAGGACCAUUAUCGACACUUUAAAAUUCAUCCCGGCUUACUAUCACGGCUAAAUAAAUACUUAAAUUGCCAUUGGAAGUACUUUCACGGAAUGGAUGUGUUACAUCCAAAUUUAUUAAAGAAUGAACCGUACGAUAUAUUUUGGAAACUGCACGGAGAAGUUGCAGAAAAAAUAAUAAAGGAAUCAUCAGCAUUUGCAUUUGCGGAUCUCACAUUGAUCAGGGAAUUGGCGUAUAAAGCGAAAUUUUUGCUAUUACCGAAGAAUUGUACAUUGUCAGUAUUUGGUGUUCACACGAAAACAUUGACGUGGGUUGUGCAAGGCUAUGUCUUAUCAGAGUUUCAUGAUCUUCACGGUGAGUUACAUCAAAGAACUUAUAAUCCCGGAGAGUUUAUUUCAACAUGUGCAGUUUUCAUGGGUAAGCCUUCACUGAGGACUGUGUACGCUUAUACUGAAUGUGAGGUUCUAUAUGUGAGAGUUCGAGAUUUCUUCAACAUUCUGAAACACUUUCAAAACGAAGUAAUAAAUUUCGAGACUUGUAUAGAUAAAUUUGGGCCCAUAUAUGAUAAAAUGUUAGGGGAUCAAUUAAAAAAAUAUCUGGCGUACUAUGACGAAAGGGGUUUACUGAUCACCGAUUUAAGUAAACGACUCAAUCAUUACGUGAGUCGGGGUUUCAUUCUCGAUGUGAUUGGUUGUGUUCCUUUACACCCGCUGAUCUAUGUUAUAUUAUCGAGACAAAUUGAUGACGACGAGGCGUCUUUGAUCAACACAGCGGCAAAAUUCGCUCUAUUGUAUCUCAUUUUGGGGUAUUUCAAUUAUUUAGCUGAUUUGCCGCAUAGGAACAAUGCGCUGUAUAUGAUAUUCAAACUACAAGUUAUGACCAUACUAGUAAUACUCGGAACAAGUCAUUAUUUUGUGAGUAGGUGUAUAUCUUUCAAUUGGGACGAUGAUGGUUACUUGCAAAAUAUGACACGCAGGGAUCACUGCUGGAUUCCAAGCUAUCUUAAACUAGAUGAAAACCCGACUGUUUACCAGUUGCAUGAGGUGUAUGCAGAAAGCUUUAAUCUUGCUCAGAGUGGUCUCAUGAGAUUCAACCUUGGUAAAUUUCAAAUAGACCGGGAAUAUCUCGGAGUGGGAAUUACUUUAUGUAUUCUUGGUGUAAUGUUCUGGUACGUAAUGUGUUACUCGCUGACUCUACUCGUGUUGAACUUUCGCGGAAACACGAUUUUCCAACACGCAGUUAGCCAAUUAAGAAGAUUCCUGCAAGCGGAAAGAGUUGAAAAGAAAAUAAUUGAGGGUGCAAUAGGUCAUUUUCGCUAUUGGUGGUUCAGAACUAAGGGAAUAAAUAUCCAAAACCUCAUGAAUGAGCGGAUUGGUGUCGUAUUCAGACAAGACCUGGCAUAUUAUUUUUUCAAAAAUACCAUAGAAACUGCGGAUACAUUGUUGCAUGGCGGAGAGAAUUUAGAAAGACAACUCGUAAGCGUAGCCGUACAAUGGUAUUUCUUGCCGGAUGAGACGAUUGUUCGGGAAAUGGAUUUAAGUCCAUGGGUGUAUAUUGUUCAUAGAGGGAACAUCCUCAUAAAACAAGAUAAUCAGUUCCUAGCUAAAUUGUCACAGGGUUCCAUUUUUGGCCAGUUAGAUGGAAAUAAGCCAAGGCCGGUUCGGAUUACAGCUGUUUCGGAUGGUUACGCCGAUUUAUUGCAAAUUCCUAUUAAGGACUUUCAGGAAAUAAUCGAGGACGAGACAAGAGAAUGUAUUUUGAAUAACCCCGAAUCUAAAUUCGACUAUUUGGCAGCAAAGAAAACGGUUGUCGAUAGUCCCUAUAACACCAUUCCGUAUAUUCUUCGUGGACGUAAAACUAUAAAACUACCAUGGAUGAAAGAACCCUUCCGAGCUAGAACUGGUUCAUGGUAUGCUCGUUGGUUGUGCCUGUGCUGGCUAUUCCUUCCACUCUCUUCAGCAUUCAUUGUUCUUCUCGCAAAAGCCAUGCCCGAAGUUGAGGGCGAUAUCUAUUGGAUGCUUUUUCUGUUGGAUAUUCUGCAUGCUUUGUAUCUGUUAUCGGAAUUCUAUACGUUGGAGCUCGAGGUUGAGAACAAUACGUGUGUGGAGAGGAUUAUAAAAUUUAGAAUUUUUAAGAAAUGGGGUUAUUAUGUCGAUAUUUUGUCUUUAAUCCUUCCGAUAUUAACUCACGUAACUGGCAACUGGAACUAUAGAUUUGCUAGGUUAUUAAGAUUGAGGUUAUUUUAUUACUUCCAUCUUCACUUUUGUAAAGGAUUCAAGAGUCAAGUAGCGCCCGCCGUGUUGAAAUUUGUCAUUGUAUUUUUAACAAUUCACGGCAUGACCUGUGGUUGGAUAUCAGUCGCGUGUCACCACAAGAAGUUCCCAUUAGACCUGGAAGAAGUGCCACCACAUGUUAAUUCGACGAUUGAUUACGUGGAGUGGGCGAACCCGAGAGAUAGGCAAGGAGGUAAACUUUUGGGUUGCGCACGAUUGACAAAGGAUUUUAUAGUUAACGGGACCAGCAAAUUCAGUUUUAUUGUUCCAAGGAAUUGGAUGUCAGAUUAUAUAGUGGCCAUGACGUAUAUUUUGGUCGUGUAUACGCAUACUGAGAUAGAUGUAGUUGUUGCUUUAACAUUAGAAGAGAUCUAUUACAAAGUAUUUAUAAACAUCAUCAUUUAUCCAUUGGAAAUUUGGAUAUUGAGUAUCGCGAUAAGUGCAGUGUAUACGAAGUUUCGAGAGUUAUACACAUAUGACUAUGAUGUUGAGAGUUUGGUAUUGUAUCUGGAGCACAAUGGCCUAUGUCCGGUUUUACUAGACUCGCUUAAGAAUUACACUAAACAAUUAUGGGAGAGACAAAGAGGAAACUGGCUUCCCGAGUUAGCUCAGCAAGCCCCACAAUGUCUUCGAGAAGACAUGCUGAGUGCUCUGUACAUGCAUCAUCUGGAAAUGCCCCCGCUCUUUCGAGAGCUACCCGAGUAUUUCAGACGACAACUUGUCACCAAGCUUCAAAGGGUCGUAAUAUUUCCUGGUAAAUUCAUAGUUCAAGAAGGAGAUAUAUUUUCAUGUAUGUAUUUUAUACAUGAAGGUGAAGUUGAGAAAUGGUAUACUGAUAAAAGUGGGGAAAAGAAGAUGCUUUCAUUGCUAACUACAAACGGUUACUUCGGCUUGAUCCCGGGUCUAUUUCCCAAUACGCCUUACCAGUUCUCUUACUACUCUCGAACGGUGGUAGAUUUUGUCUUCCUACGAUUUCACGAUUGGCAAGAUUUACUGCACGGGUAUCCAAAAAUUAAAUAUGAUUUAUACACGGGAGCCAAAUUGUUGAAAAAAGAGCUGCAAAAGAAUUUUAUGUUCUAA